CCGACAGUGCACGCCCUUUUAUGUUUUCUCAUCUCGGUCGAUCUCAAUGAGCAACACCGGAGAUGUCCUGCUUGUUGUUAAUGGUGAAGAAUCUCAGACACCGUCGUCGCCGGUGGCACUGCCGCCGGCCUCGGGGCUGAUACGCUGGCGAUGGUGGCUCCUAGUGGUCGCCAACAUCUUCUUCCUCCUUACCGGACAGACAGUGGUCGCGCUGCUCGGACGGCUCUACUACAGCGAGGGCGGUAGUAGCCAAUGGAUGUCGACGAUCUCCCAGUCCACCGGCUUUCCGGUUCUCUUCGUUCCCCUCAUCCUCUUGACCUACAGAUCACCGGCCUCCAAGAUCGGCGUGCCCGCUAGAACUUUGGCGGCCAUCUGCCUCGGCUUGGGCCUCUACAGCACCGGGAACAGCCUAAUGUACAGCUACGGCCUCCGCUACCUCCCCGUCUCGACUUUCUCGUUGAUCAGCGCCUCCCAGUUGGCCUUCAACGUGGUCUUCGCCUACUUCCUCAACGGGCAGAAGAUCACCGCCCUCAUCAUCAACUCCGCCGUGAUAGUGACCUUCUCGGCGGCAAUCAUCGGUGUCAACUCCGACAACUCUGGCGACGCACCAAGGGGGAAGUUCGCGCUGGGGCUUAUUCUGACGCUGGCCGGCUCGGCGAUGACCGCGCUCAACCUCUCACUGGUGCAGCUCUUGUUCCAGAAGGUGCUCAAGUCGGUGAGCUUCACGGUGGUGCUUAAGCUGCAGAUUUGCACGUCGGUGGUGGCGGCGACGGCGGCCGUGGUGGGUCUGUUCGCGAGCGGCGAGGCCGGGGAGAUAAGGGGGGAGGUGGACGCGUACAGGAAGGGGAAGACGGCGUACGUGAUGACGCUGGUAGGGACGGCAGUGGCGAACCAGGUAUCGUCGGUGGGGGGAGUGGGGUUGGUUUUUAUGGUGUCGUCUCUGUUCUCCAAUGUCGUCGGGACGGUGGCGCUGCCGAUCGUGCCCAUCUUUGCCGUCGUCUUCUUUGGCGACAAGAUGGACGGCCUCAUGGUGAUCACCUUGUUGAUGGCUAUCUGGGGCUUCGCUUCCUACGUCUACCAGCAGUAUCUGGACGACCAGAAGACGAACAACGCCAUGACAGCUACAGCCGAUGCAGAAUAGACCUUCAGGCGCCUUUAAUAUAUAUAUAUAAUAAAAUAAUAUUUCAUUAGGCUCCAUCUAUUUUUAUUUUUAAAAAUAUUUUUAUUUAAGACGAUGUUUAACCUUGUUGAUUAGAAAUAACUAUUUAUUUUGUAAUAAUUAUUAUAUUUUUGCUAUAAUUGAAUAGUAAAAGAAAAGAAAAUUGUC